AAACUGGGUCGUGAUUAGAGUUGUUUCCUUCCCCCAUGCACCCACCCACCUACUUUUCCUCUCAUUUCUCCACUCCCCUUUGAGUGUUAUCCCAAAUUGAAACUGCUUCAAAACAUGUUAACCAAAAACAUAGCCAACGCAGUGGGCGGCAAGACCGCUAGAGCCUGCGACAGUUGCGUCCGUAAGCGUGCCCGUUGGUACUGCGCCGCAGACGACGCUUUCCUCUGCCAAUCCUGCGACUCCGCCGUCCACUCUGCCAACCCUCUUGCUCGCCGCCAUCAACGCCUCCGCCUCAACACCGCCUCCUCAAAACCCCCUUCUCCGUCCUGGGUAUCCGGGUUCACCCGGAAGCCACGCACCCCGCGCCCACGGCGUAAGUCCGACGAUGUUGUCCCCCUUCUGUCCAACCCCUCGUUCUCCCUGGUGCCAGAGGCGGACGACGGCACCUGGGUUGAAGAGAAUGAAGAGGAUCAUCUGUUGUAUAGAGUCCCCACGUUUGAGCCGUUUGUUGAGGAAACCCAAUCCUCCAAAUCGAUGGGUGAUGAGGCAGGGAAUUUUCAUGGGUUCCUCCCCUCCGAUUUGGAUCUGGAAGAGUUUGCAGCCGACGUGGAGAGCUUGCUGGGGAGGAAUUUAGAGAGCGAGUGCUUUGACAUGGAGGGGCUGGGUAUUGGGCUGAGCAUAGAAAAAGAUGACACGUCAACCCGGAGAGUUAAGGGGGAGGAAGAUGGUGAAGAAGCCGACAGAGGAAAUUGUAGAUUCGAGAAUGAAUUGGAGGCUGAGGUGGAUCUGAUGAGAGAACCAUUCGAAUUGAACUUCGAGGAGUACGAGCAGGAAUUGAAGAUGGUGGGAGUGAAGAAUGAAAGAGAAGAGGAGGAUUGUAAAGUGGAAGAAGAUAAAGUGAAGAAGAAGAGAAAAGUGGGGUUGCAAUUGGACUGUGACGCAGUGAUUGCAGCCUGGGGUAACGAUAAGUCUCCAUGGACGACCGGAGAACGCCCGGAUUUCGAGCCGGACAGCUCGUGGCCCCACUGCAUGGCGAUAUGUGGAGUGAGAUGUGGGGAAUAUGGGGGGGGGAGGGACGGGGGGAGGGAGGCGAGGGUGUCGCGGUACAGGGAGAAGCGGCGGACGAGGUUGUUUUCGAAGAAAAUAAGGUACGAAGUAAGGAAACUGAAUGCAGAGAAGAGGCCCAGAAUGAAAGGGAGGUUCGUCAAGAGAACGGGGUUCCCACAAUCCACCCUUCCAAUUACUAAUUAGUAUCAACUCAAAAUAAUACCAAAUUCAGUAACCAACUUUCAUGUACAUUAUUAUUAAGCUUACAGUUUUGUGAGGAAUAAAUGAGCUUACAAGAAUUAGUUUUCUUGGUGAUUCAGAUUAUACCAAUCCAAAGAAUUCAAGUA